AUGAAAACCGCUCAUAGUAAGUAUUAUAUUUAAAUAAAUCAAACAUGAGUUUACAUUUUUAUUAUUUAGUAUUAAACUGAUUUUUGAAUAUUCAUUAGAAUUAUUGGAAAUCUCUGCUCCAGCGACUGAUGACGAAAUUUGUAUGGCUGCAAUGGAUGAUUACGAAAAUAAAGACCUGAUGGAUACUACGUCAAGUUAGUUUUUUUUUUUUUUUUNUCCGACAUUACACCGGUUGUCAGACGGUUUGAUAGAUUUUUAUAAAAAAUUUUUUAUUAUAAACGUAACAUAAUAAAUGUAUUAUAUUUUUAUAAUAAUUUUUAGUUAUAUUUUAUUAUACGAAUAUAUAUAUUUAUUAUAUAUAUUUUUAUAAAUAUAUUUUAUAUAUUUAUCGAAUGUAUAUAUUUUUUUUUAAUUUAAAGAUUCAUAUAAAUCUACCACCUAUGGAAAACGUGUUUCAUCCGCCAACACAAUGUCGGCUGUUAGAGCUAAGAAGGUGCCUAUGAAUAUUGUACAGUCUCCAGGGUUUAUAGAAAUCUCUUCCUCGACAAACGAAAAAUUGUAUGGCAUUACACUAAAAAUACUAAUAAUCACCAAAACUUCCCUGUUUUUCUCCGAUCGGUUAAACCAGCUCUAACUAAUUUAUUGAAAACACGCGUUCAGCUUAGUCCAAUCAAAUUUAACUUGAAGCUCGAGGCAACUUAUUUCCAACCACUCAUCGAAAACUCUUCAGAGAAUAGGGCCUUUAAGACAUCAGCGAUAGAAAUUUUUAAAGAGUCGGAUUUUGCAGAGAUUAUAGAGACAUCCUACAUGAAGUUAGUGAGCGAAGAAGAAACUUAUAAGAGUAGAGGAAGUGGGUUUACGCUCGAGUCUAUAGAUGGUUUAUUGUUAGCGGUGUAUAGGUAUACACCUUUAUCAGUCUCCUCGUAUAUCCAAUUACCCUCAUACCUUGAAAACAAACGAGCCACAAUAAACCCUCAAAACACUGAUCAGCAGUGUUUUAAGUGGGCUAUAUUAGCAAAACACGUGAUGGGGCACUCGGUUCAUCGUUUAGGAGAAAAUUAUUUUAAACACGAGGAUAAAUAUAAUUUUGAGGACAUUUCAUUCCUCACACCACUCGCGGAUAUUUCAAAAUUUGAAAAAAAUAACCCGUACGUUUCUGUAAAUGUGUACGGUUUAGAAAAAAAAUUUCAUCCUCCUCGUAAAUAUCUGUCUUAUGAAGUUUUCCCGCUACGCGUUUCCGUUAGUGAAAAAGUCAACCAUUUCGAUCUGUGGAGCUGA